CUUGAAGCUUUACACUUCGACAACCAUGAGUAUUUCUUCGAUAUGAUUCUUUGAUAUUGCCAUUGGAUAUUGUAUCGACUUGCGAGUAUCCAUACUUUUUACGAAGUCACAAUGGCUUCCACACGAGAAUCUUCGCUGGUACCGAGUGAAGCUGGCUCGGCUUCUCCAGCUCAAUUGACACCCAAUUCUAAGGUUAAAGCUUUGUUGGCUUCCUUGGAAGAUGAUUCGGAUGAGGAGAAUAUUUCUGGAGCUACGGAAAGCAAUUUGGUGUCUGCUUCGAAAUCAUUGACGCCAACCAAAGCUAUCAAGAGCUUCGAGGAUAUAACUGCAAAAGCUACGGCAGGUGCAGAGACCAGCUCGGAGGAUGAAGAGAUUGUACGACCAAAGGGGCGAAUGGCAGCUCGAAUGCAAGCCGAGCAAAAUAGUUCAGAGGAGGAUAUCGCGCCAGCAGACGCGCGUGAGAGAGUACGGAAACUGUUUGCUAAGAGCAAGUCACCUACUCCAAAUGCCAACACCGAGAACGACAACGAGGAUGAGGAGAACGAUGCUCCAGUUGUACCACGGAAACGAAAGAUUCGACAAGGUCGUCGAGAGACUCCCAAGUCCAGCCCAGCGAAAGGCCCUUCGUCGCCCGGCUUGUUCGUUUCGCCCUCGAAACAUGGAUCCACCAGUCCUACUCGUGAUGGAUCAGACUCGGAAGAUCUGCCAGAGAAUCCAGUACAGGAUGAUCGUUUCAUGGCUCUUGUGGUAAAGAAGAGACAAGAACGCGAAGCUCGAGAUGCAGAAGCUGCAAAGGAAAAAGCCAAGAAAGCCGCAGAGCGCAAAAGAUAUACAGAGAUGUUGCAGGAGGAUGAUGAUGACGAUAGUGAUGUUGAAGGUGGACGACGACUCACACAGCACUCUCGACCGACACGAAAGGCCAGCAAAAAAGCAAUUGAGGAGAUAAAUCGAGAAUCCCAGCGUCUCGCUCGGAACCAACAAUUGGCACAUCAAGCUGUCACUAAGAAGAAGAUCACCAAGGCCAGCUUAUUUGCCAAGUUCAAUUUUAGAAGUAGCAAGCAGGAGGAAGGUGCGGAAGAUCUUGUGCGCCCCACCAGUUCAAGUUCCGCAGCUCCUCACUCAGAUAUGGAGACCAAGGAUACACCACCAACCUCACCAGCUUCUCCUGGCCUUACAGAGAAAGAAGCUACAAAUGUAUUCGAAACACCGUUACCUGAGGUGGCCGAAGAUGUUGACGUUGAAAUGCCGUCGUUAGAGGCAGCUUUAGCUUCCUCACCUCCACGGCGAUUGGACAAAGGAAAGGGAAAAGCAACAGAAGAACCUGUCGAGGAGAUUGAGGUUCCAAAGAAGCCCUUGUUUACUCAACGACCAAUUCGAAUUCGACCACCAAAGGCUGCUGACAGAACAAUCUCACUGUUGGAUGAUUCGGAUAGUGAUCUUGAGAUUGUCGCUGCAAAGACACCCAAGCUCAAAAAGAAGCUUGAUGCCUUGUUCGAAAAUGUUCCAGCUAAGCAGUCAAGAGAGUCGGCCUCGCUCCAUACCUUGCUCAUGCUUGCUCACCUUGGAUCGCCUGGGAAACAGAGUUCUGGACGCAAUAAGAAACCCUCCAUUACCACCACAGAGCUAGAGAUGACCUUGCACCAACGUGCAAGACAGCAAGCAGCACGAGAACGAGAAGAGAGGUUGCAGGUAUUAAGAGAUAAAGGCAUCAUCAUUCAGACAGCCGAAGAACGAGAGAAGGAAAUGGUCGACGUCGAUGAUAUUCUCGCUGCUGCCAGACGUGAGCAAGACGAGCUUGCCAAGCGUGAAAAGGCUGCAGCUAAGAAGGAGCGCAAAGAUAAUGGCGAAGUGGAUCCUCUUGGUGAUAGCAGUGACGAUGAGGAUUGGGAGGAGACCAAGAAUGUCCCGGACGAAGAAUUAUCUCUGUCUGGCUCAGACGACGAGGCCGAGAAUGAAUCGGGAGAGGACGCUGGCGAGGAAAGUGGUGCUGAUGAGGAAGAUGAAGACGCGAUGGAGGUUGACGAUGAGGAGAGAGAGACUGCAGCUGCUAAUCCGAUGUUCGACAACGAGGCAUCAGAUACGGAUGACGACGAAGCCGAUGCUGAUGUAUCUGCCGACGAAGAGAUGGCCGAGAACGAAGAGACUAAUGUUGUUGAUGAAGAGGAGGAAGAAGAGCAGUUGCCUGCGAAUCGCAGAACAAGAAAGCUCAAUAUCAUCUCUGAUGAUGAAGAUGAGAAUGAGGAGCAAGAGGAAAACUCCUCCAUCUUUACUCAAUUCGACUUCCCUCUGCCUCCUAAGACGGACUCACCCAUGGCUCCAAAUUCUGUACUUCGAUCAGCUACGAAGACCUUCAUUCCAGGACUCACAGUAGCUGGACCUGCUGGUCUUGGCCUCACACAGAUCUUUGCUGGUACCAUGGAUGAGAGUCAAAUGGACUCUUAUGACUCGACACAAGACCUUCCCAGACCUACUUCGCCUCAAUUUAACGCCAAUCAGGACUCAAUGGCCUUCUUCAAAGGUUUUGCGGCUCCCGAGCUACCACCUUUCAUACCGACAAUGUCAGAAGAUACCCAGGAGGUCGAUGGCAUCAGCCCUUCACAAGCCAGUCACAUACCAGAAUCACAGCCAACACAAACUCAAGCCAUUGAUUUGCACUUUUCUCAAUCACAAAUUCAAGGAUUCGACACUCUACAGGAUACUCAAAUGUCACAGUUCGAUGCCACUCAAGAUAUGGGCUUCCAGGACAGAACUCCAAUUAAAGGACGAUAUGCUGUACCGCCUUCGACGGUAGAAACUGUCAUUCUUGAACCGACAGAUCUCCCCGAGACAUUGGAAGAAACUCCUAUUGUGAAGAAGAAAGGAAAACUUCGUCGAAGAGCUCCCCAAGUAGCAGAAUUUUCGGAUGAAGAGGAUGCUGGGGAGCCGGGUGGAUUGGAUAUUGACGAGGAAGAAUUCAGUCUCGAUGCGAAUGCAUUUGAUGUGAUGCGCAAGGCUUCCAAGAAGAAGGUCGUGGUUGACGAGUUUGACAAGAAGCAAAGCAAAGCAAAGGAAAUGGUUCACGAUCAAGCUGAAGAAUCUGAGGAUGAGUAUGCUGGCUUGGGUGGUGCUAGCGAUGAUGAGAGUGGAGGCGAAGAAGAUGCCUUUGUUAAAGAAAUGAUUGACGAUGCUGCUGGAAAGGAUGCCGAUGAGAGCAAGUUGGCGGCGUUCUAUGCUGACCGCGAGAGAGCGAAUGAUGAAAAGCAAGUCGAGAAACUUUUCAAAGACAUCACUAAUGGCAUGCUCCGACGUAAACGAGGAGCCGACCUUGAUCUCUCUGAUUCCGACGAUGGAGGAGAAGCAAAGAAGAGAAGAAAGCGCAAGGAGUUUGCCAAGAUGCGUAAAGCACUUUUGGCUGACGAGAGAAUUGGCAAGAUUGCCGAGAACCCCAAGAGACAAGCAUUUCUGCGAGCUAUCGAGGAUCGUGGCAGUGAAGACGAAAUGGACUUCUUAGACGAUUUUGCGGAGCAAGAGGAGAAUACCGAUUCGCAGUCACAAUCUCAAGCCGAGGGCUCACAACUAGUUGUGCCAGACAGCCAGCCGACUGAAAUGGGGCCGCCAAAACGAAAGCGCUCAGACGAUGCUGGAGAAGCUGAAAAUAGGCCACCACCUCAUCUCCGAAGAACUAAACCAGCAAAGAAGCCCACGAAUCUUUCCGAAAUCAGAGAGUCGUUGUCUAGUCUCAUUGAAGAGCCAAAUGCUGUGAUUCCACCUACAGAUUAUGGCUCUGACUCUGACGAUGCCUUGGAGAUAGAGGAUGAGAACGACCUGGGCUCUGGGAAGGUGAAAGAGAAAGAGAACCGAGAUCCAUUCGCUCUCCGAAGGACAAACGUUUCUAUUAUCGACCGCAUCUCCCUGAAGCGACAGUCAUCAAGUACAAUAUCCAACAGCACCAAACUUGCCUUCACAGUCUCGUCUGCCACAUCUGGAUUCAAGGUACCGCCUUUGUUGAGACGUGCUACCACGAACAGUAGCAUCACAUCAUCAACCAGUUCCGGCGCCAGUGGUGGAAUGUCGGCUACGGAACGAAUGGCGGGAGGCACAGGAAGUGAGGGUGUGAGAAGAGGUGGAGGAAAAGGAAGCGGAAUCAAUUACUUCGCAAGAGAAAGCGAGAGGAGAGCAGCUGUCGCGAAGAGACAAGGUAGAAGAGAGCAAAAGCUAGUGAAAGGAGCUCAGGUCCGAGCAAAAGCAGUGGGAGGACUACUGGGUGGUGGGAAGUUCGAGUAAGCUAUUAAGUAGCGCAUGGUCGGAGUUCAGGCUUGGACAUGGUGUUUGGAGUUAUACUUGCAUAGAAGUCAAGAUAGGGCAUUGAAUAAAUCACUGC